GGGGGGGGUGAGGGAGGGAGGCAAGCCAAGGCUGGGGUAAGGGAGUGACUCGCUCCUUUGCGGAAGUGGUGCCUUCACUCCCCCAGAGUGGAAGGAGGAGAGAGAGAGGCCCGCGGGGUCGUCGGCACCUUUCCUCAGCGGCGUCUCAAACCCGUGGAGGAUGGCAGGGCGGCUCCCGGCCUGCGUGGUGGACUGUGGCACCGGGUAUACCAAACUGGGAUAUGCUGGUAAUACAGAGCCACAGUUCAUCAUUCCUUCAUGUAUUGCCAUUAAGGAAUCGGCCAAAGUUGUCGAUCAGGCACAAAGAAGGGUUAUGAAAGGUGUGGAUGACUUAGACUUCUUUAUCGGGGAUGAAGCAAUAGAAAAGCCUACAUAUGCAACAAAGUGGCCCAUUCGCCAUGGCAUAGUUGAAGAUUGGGACUUGAUGGAGAGAUUUAUGGAACAAGUUAUCUUUAAAUAUUUAAGGGCAGAACCUGAAGACCAUUAUUUUCUUUUGACUGAACCUCCUCUAAAUACUCCAGAAAACAGGGAAUAUACUGCUGAAAUCAUGUUUGAAUCCUUCAAUGUUCCUGGGCUUUACAUUGCUGUUCAGGCUGUCCUUGCUUUAGCUGCAUCUUGGACAUCAAGACAAGUAGGAGAACGGACACUGACUGGAACGGUUAUAGAUAGCGGGGAUGGUGUCACUCAUGUCAUUCCUGUGGCUGAAGGUUAUGUAAUUGGUAGCUGUAUCAAACAUAUUCCAAUAGCCGGACGAGAUAUAACUUACUUUAUUCAGCAGCUGCUAAGAGAACGAGAAGUAGGAAUCCCUCCAGAGCAAUCAUUGGAAACUGCUAAAGCAGUCAAGGAACGUUUUAGUUAUGUCUGUCCAGACUUAGUGAAAGAAUUUAAUAAAUAUGAUGUAGAUGGUACCAAGUGGAUUAAGCAAUAUACUGGAAUCAAUGCUAUCUCAAAGAAAGAAUUUACCAUUGAUGUUGGCUAUGAAAGAUUCUUAGGGCCAGAAAUCUUCUUUCAUCCCGAGUUUGCUAAUCCAGACUUCACACAGCCCAUCUCAGAAGUAGUAGAUGAAGUUAUUCAGAACUGUCCUAUUGAUGUUAGACGUCCACUGUAUAAGAAUAUUGUCCUUUCUGGAGGCUCAACAAUGUUCAGGGAUUUUGGACGGCGUUUGCAGAGGGACUUGAAAAGGACUGUGGAUGCUAGACUGAAACUCAGUGAAGAACUGAGUGGUGGCAGACUGAAGCCAAAACCUAUUGAUGUACAAGUUAUUACUCAUCAUAUGCAAAGAUACGCUGUUUGGUUUGGAGGAUCAAUGCUGGCUUCCACACCUGAGUUCUACCAAGUAUGCCACACCAAAAAAGAUUAUGAAGAAAUUGGUCCUAGCAUCUGUCGUCACAACCCAGUUUUUGGAGUUAUGUCUUAAAUCUGACAUUUAAUGAAUUGAGUUUAGCGAGGCAAGGAAAUGGUCUUUCUCAGUGCUUGUUUGUCUGGAUGGUCGGUAUUAAGAUAAGAAACAUGACUUGAAAAUAAGAAAAAAAAGACCAAACACAAUUAAACAGGAAUAUUUUAAUAACUGUCUCAACAUGCUGAUAUAGUGGGAAGCCAAAACAAUUCAAAGUGUUUUUUUUCUUUUGACUGAAUAUUUGAAGCUGUGCAUAAACAAAACUAAAGAAGUUGGUCUUUGUUCUUUUUGUGCCCUAAUAUUUUGUAUAUUAAUGGAAUAUCCAAGAUUUGAUGGGAUUUGAUGGUAUGUAGAUAGUCAGCUCUAUAAUUCUUCUAUUGUACUCUUAAUUGUGUACAAUGCAAGAGCCUGUUUAUAUUUCCUACUUUUUUAUACAUUGAGAAAAAAAUAUCAGUGAUUGAAAGUAAUGUUAAUAUUUGACAAGAAAAAAUACCAGUGACCAAUUGGAGGGAAAUGUGAAAAUUAACAAUGCCCACAUGGAGUUUCAUCAUGUAAAUCUCUAGUAAUGUCAAGUGGAAUGACCAAUCUUCCACUUGCAUUCCAUACAUAAUGCAACUUGGCAAAUGCUUUUGGACCUGAGGGACUAGAAUCUUGGAUUAAAUGAUGCCUGCUAGUGCUUUCUGAUUAUUUGGUGCAUUUUCAUUCUAUUUCUUGCUUGGGGAAGGGGCGGGAAAGUAAAGACAAGACUGUUGGACAAGUAUUGCAGUUCUGUAGUGUCAUUUCUAAUUGCAACCAAAUAUUCCGAUUACGAAAAUGGGUGUAUUCCACCAUUCAAAUAAAGACACAACAUUCUUUUUUAAUAUUCAUGUGAGGCCUUUCAAUUUCGUUGAUUAAUCAUUUGUGAAGGUCCUUCUAAUCUGCAAUCACAGUUUCUCACUCCCUAAUUUGGAAAAGAUGAGAGGGAUACAUGUAUGCAAGUGGUGUGUUAUCUAUUUAAUAGCAUAAUGCAGUUUUAGAAGCGUAAUUCUAAUUAAAUAUAUGUUUUCCAUGAGAUUUUGGUAAAUAAAGCUGUUGCAUUCCUGG